AUGAAUCAAGGCCAACAAAAUGUUAUUGGAGGAUGGAGAAAUCAGCCGAACGCUGGAUGGGGAAAUCAAAACUUUGGGGGGAAUCAAUACUGUCGACCACCCCAAGUAGGCUACCAACAACAACCACCUUACUUCCCACCGCAGCAAGGCUCCUCUCAACCAUAUAGACCGCUAUACCAACACCAACAAUCAGCUCCGCAGCAGAGUGCACAGCCCAUUCCACCACAGAAAACAUUUCUCGAGGAUACCUUGCAAGCCUUCAUGGAGAUUAGUAAGCAAAAUAUGGAGAUGACGAAACAGAAUAUAGAGUCUCAGGCAUCUACCAUAAAAAGGCUUAAACCAACUGUCGGGCAACUUUCCGACCAGAGCAGAGCAGCCAAACUCUACCUUCACCAGAGCAGCGGAACAAAGCCAGGCCAGGGAAAUCAAAAGCCAGGCCAGCGGAACCAAGCCAGGCCAGCGAAGUCAAUCUCCAGAGCAGAGGAAUCACUUCGCCAGAGUUGCCGAGCUUGGCCCAGCCCAGACCAGAGUUCCGCUCUGACCAGCCCGACUGAUGGAGAGAAGGUAGACCAGCAACAGGAAGGAGAGAAGGCGAAGGAGGUCAAGCUCCACAAAGCUACUACACCCUAUCGACCACCGGUUCCUUUUCCAAACAGACUGAGAAACGAGAAGCAGGACCAACAGUUUGAGGAAUUCUACAAUAUGUUGGCCAAGGUAAAUGUGAAUUUGCCUCUUCUUGAUGUGAUCAGAAAUGUGCCUGCAUAUGUAAAAUUCUUCAAGGAUUUGGCAUCUAACAAGAGAAGAUUUAGCGACAAUGAGAAGGAGCAGGAAUGCGCGAAAGUUUGCGCUGGAUCAGCAGACAUGGAAGAACUAGCUCGGGAAGUUGAAGAGUUCAGCGCUGCUCUGCCCAAUAACCCUGCAUUGCCCAAACUUGCACUGCCCAGCUUAGAGGAUGAGUGUUGUUCAGAGCGGCUGAUAGAUGAACAGAUGGAGGCAAAGAAACCAGCACUCGAAUUGAAGGAACUCCCAACCAAUCUCAAGUACGCCUUUUUAGAAGACGGAGAUGAGAAGCCAGUCUUCAUCUCGUCUACUCUGACUCUCGAGCAAGAAGCGGCGCUGCUCGAGGUGUUGAAGAAAAACAAAGCAGCGCUGGGAUGGAGCCUAGCUGCCAACUAUGACUUGAACUCUGCCGUGAAGCAGCGCACAUUGCAAAUGGAGGAGUUAGAUGAGCUACGCAACGAGGCGUACGAGAAUGCGAGGAUCUACAAGGACAAAGUGAAGCGACUACAUGACCGCCGCAUCUGCCAUAAGAAGCUUUGCCCCGGGAUGAAGGUACUCUUGUUCAAUUCUCGACUGAAGUUGUUCCCGGGUAAGCUGAAAUCUCGAUGGAGUGGUCCGUUUUUACUUAAGGAAGUGUUUGAGCAUGGUGCCAUUGAGCUAUUCAAUGAAAACACGAAUGAGAGCUUCAGAGUGAACGGCCACCGAGUGAAGCCAUAUUACGAGCACCAGAGCUCAGCGCUGCACUUUGCCACCGCUGCACUUCUCCCCGCUGCACUUCUCCCCGCUGCACUUUGCCACCGCUGCACUUCUCCGCGCUGCUCUGUCUGCACUGACCGAUUCAGCGUGGCACUCUCCACUCUGCCGUAG